UAUCGAACAGUUAAAACGAAAAAAAUACUCUACGUUGAAUAUGGCUAAUAUAAAUGGUUUAAUUUGUUGUCUGAUGUGCCUUGAAUUGUUUCUAUGCAUUUUCGCAGCUGCUUUGCCUGCCCAAGAGGAUGAGCGUUAUUUUGAAAAACAGCUAAAUCGAGAAUUGCUCAACAAUUGGUUGUCAUCGGCACGAGGCGUUCAAGCCAUCAAUAAUCCCUGCCGUUAUUAUCCGGACAACACUUGGUCUGCGGCCAUGCCUAAAAGGAAUUCUGAAUUAAUAAAUUCACUUCUAAGUUUACCCAAGAGUAUGAACGAUGCUGGAAAGUCGAUAAUAUUUGAAAUAAAAAAUAUUCCCCAUCCCCCAAAUCGAGCACACAAGCAUUUCCUCUAAACAACUGAGUUGCAAAUUUCAUAGAAAAAAAAAAUAAAAAUUAACAUAAAUUGAAAGUAAAACAAUUUUCCAUGCCGAUAAUUGCUGCAAAACGAAACGCUAACAAGUUGUAAUUAUUAAUCGGAAUUUAUGUGUAAUUGUAAAUGUAAAUUGAUUUAAUUUCGCCCUUUAAUUGAGGCCUAAAUUGUUGGCUGUAGGUCCUAAUUGUUGUGUAAAGAAUGAAUAAAAUGAUAUAAAAUAAAACGAAACGAAACAACAACAAAUAAAUGUAAACGGAAAA